CAAAUCUAAAGUUCAAGGUAUCGUAGACAGGUUUGGUUGGAGCACUGAACUCUGUCAUUCAUCUCCACUGCAGGUGACGGGUGUGUUUGUCUCAAAGAAGGUCCUUUCAAUUCAAAGAAACCAUGGGAGAGUGGGGUUUUCUGUCCUCUCUGCUGAAUAAGGUGCAGUCCCACUCCAGCGUCGUCGGGAAGGUCUGGCUUAGCGUGCUUUUCGUCUUCAGGAUCAUGGUACUUGGAGCCGGAGCAGAAAAGGUUUGGGGUGAUGAGCAGUCCAGCAUGGUCUGUAAUACCAAACAACCAGGUUGUAAGAACGUCUGCUACGACUAUGCCUUUCCAAUCUCACACAUUCGGUUCUGGGUCCUCCAGAUCAUCUUUGUUUCAACACCAACGCUUAUUUACCUCGGCCAUGCCAUUCACGUCAUCCACCAAGAGAAUAAGCUGAGAGAGUAUAUGAAGACUCACUCUGGUAGUGAAGUCCUCAAAACGCCUAAAUAUUCUGAUGAAAAGGGCCAUAUCAAGAUUAAAGGUAAUCUACUGGGAAACUACAUGACCUCCAUCUUUUUCAGAAUUCUUCUGGAGAUAGCUUUCAUUGUAGGGCAGUAUUACCUGUAUGGGUUUGUCAUGGACCCACUAAUCGUCUGCUCCCGAGCCCCAUGUCCCUUCACGGUGGAGUGCUACAUGUCCCGACCAACUGAGAAAUCCAUCUUCAUCAUCUUCAUGCUGGUUGUGGCCUGCGUCUCUCUUCUGCUCAACGUGGUCGAGAUCUUCUACCUGGCAUGCUGCCAGUCAUCCAGAAGGAAAUCUAAAACAGUGCCAGCAACAGCUGUCGCCCUUCACCCCCGUUUCACCAGUGACAGCCUGAUGAAAAAUCAGAAGCUUAGCCUCCAAGAUUCCAGUUCGGCCUAAGGGACGCCAUUUAGAUCCAACAGACAAACUCUUAAAGUUGCAGUGCUCAACUUUCUCACCCUAAAAUUAUGUCGGGCACAUUUUGAUGGCACAGUGACAUUUAUAAUGUACAUAAUAAAUGUCCAUCAAAACAAGUCAGAAUUACAUAAUUUUAAGGUCAGAAAGUUUUUUUUACUGCCGUUUUAAAAAACAACUAAUACGGUUCAAUUUUCAGGAUACAGUGGCGUACAUUUGUGUAAAAUCUCUAAAAGUUCAAAUUAGUAAGAAAUAUGUUUAUAUAAAAAAACUAUAUAUUUAAAUAUGUAAUAACACCCAAGAGCAAUAAAUGUUAGCUUACAUUGUCACUGAGCAAACUUUUAUCUUGUUUUUUGCUUUAUAUUUUGUAAUAUUAUUAUUAUUAUUAUUAUAUGGACCAGUUUUAGGUACUUGUACCAUGAAGUUGUAGGUUGGCAGUUGUGGCGCCAGCCUUUGUUAGUCAGUGUUCUGUGACCUUGUAUUUGGAGGCUGAAUGUCGAGGUGACCUGAAUGUACGCUAUCAUAUUGGCAAAUUAACUAGAAUUCCAGCCUAAAAGUAUAUCUUUUUCAAUGUUUUGUAUAUUGGUGCGGCUUCUUGUUUUGUGUUUGUAACUGAUUGUAAACUUGAUAAAUUCAUAAAGAUAUCUUGUUUAUUAAAACACGCUCAGAGUCUCUCA